UCUCAGGACCUCGGAGAUGAGAUUGACUGUGACGUUCCCACCUGUGGAGAGUGGUUGAGGAACUUCUACGGAUCCUUCAGCUCUCCAAACUACCCUGACUUCUACCCUCCAGGAAGUAACUGCACCUGGCUGAUCGAUACCGGAGACCACAGGAAGGUCAUCCUUAGGUUCACGGACUUCAAACUUGAUGGGACAGGUUACGGCGACUAUGUGAAGGUCUAUGAUGGCCUGGAGGAGAACCCUCGCCGUCUCCUCAGGGUGCUGACUGCCUUCGACUCCAGAGCGCCGGUCGCUGUGGUGUCAUCAUCCGGUCAGCUGCGAGUCCACUUCUACGCCGACAAGAUCAAUGCUGCCCGAGGGUUCAACGUCACUUAUCAGGUGGACGGGUUCUGCCUGCCGUGGGAGGUUCCCUGUGGGGGGAAUUGGGGCUGUUACACAGAGCAGCAGCGCUGUGACGGGUACUGGCACUGUCCCAACGGUCGGGACGAGCUGAACUGUUCUUCAUGUCAGGAGGACGAGUUCCCAUGUUCUAGAAACGGAGCCUGUUACCCUCGAUCGGACCGCUGCAACUACCAGAACCGCUGCCCCAACGGAUCCGACGAGAAGAACUGCUUCUUUUGCCAGCCCGGAAACUUCCACUGCAAGAAUAACCGCUGUGUGUUCGAGUCGUGGGUAUGUGAUGCCCAGGACGACUGUGGCGACGGCAGCGAUGAGGAGAGCUGUCCUGUCAUCGUUCCCACCAGAGUGAUCACGGCGGCCGUCAUCGGCAGCCUCAUUUGCGGACUGCUGCUGGUCAUCGCCCUCGGCUGCACCUGCAAACUCUACUCGCUGCGCAUGUUUGAACGCAGGUCAUUUGAGACGCAGCUGUCCAGGGUUGAGGCGGAGCUGCUGAGGAGGGAGGCCCCGCCCUCGUACGGUCAGCUGAUCGCCCAGGGUCUGAUCCCACCUGUGGAGGAUUUCCCAGUGUGCUCUGGGAGCCAGGUACAGCCCUGUCUGUCUCUGUACAUGUCAGUAUUUUUAUUCACCUGUGAUCUUCAGACUCUGUCU